CUCGUGCUGCGGCUUCUCUUCCAAAUCCUUGCAAAUGCUGGGAAGUUGUAGGGACGGGCGAGGCUACGAGAGGCAGGAGUCAGGAGCUCGGGCUGCGGGCAAUGGGUUAUUGUUUCUUAGCUGAGGACAGGGGGCAACGCGCCGGGUGGAGAUUUGCAUUUCUCGUGCUGUGCCGAGAAAAACCCACUCACCCAGAUUCCUCAUAAAAAGAAGAAGGCAUAAAAGCAACAGGGAGGUGGAGCUGGAGCGAUUGCUGCAUCUGCUGCACAGGGAAGCGGGGGGAACCCAAAAACUAGAGCAUGAAAUCCCUAGAAGGGUUGGUCCAAAAGAACCCCUCGUACAACCGCAGAGUAGGAGGGAAAAAGCAGAGUAGGAGGAGAUGCAACUGGUGUAACUGAGUCACCCUUCUGCCGUAGCAAUAGACAAAUUCCCCUCCGAGACACUUUACGGAGCAAAUGACGGAACCUGCUUUUCCAGCUUGCUGACUGGACGGGUUUUCUUGUUAAUUUUUAAAUGCAUGCAUUUCACAGGCAACGAGGGAAGCCUACUGAAUUCGGUCGGAAACAUGAAAGCUUUAGAAGGCUUUUAAGUCUCUUUCCAUGAAAUAAUACCCAAAAGACUUGAGGUUUUUUUUUUUACCCGACAAGAUCCAAAAUACUAGCCGCACAAAAGCGGGCAAGAGAAACAAUUCAAAAGAGGAAAAUUUGGAACUGGUCCAAGGAGCGAUCAGCCAGCCAGGCCGUAGGCGUGACGUUGCAGAGUUUUAAAGGGGGCAGAUGAGACCCAUCGGACGUUGAUCGGACGAAAAGAGGCUGCCGGAGGAGCCUGGGAUUCGGUGGCUCUCUUGGAAGUGACCGCUGAAGAGCGAACGAAACGAUACCAUGCUCCUGGCUUCCGCCGUUGUGGUUUGGGAAUGGCUGAACGAGCACGGUCGCUGGAGACCCUACAGUCCGGCCGUGAGCCACCACAUCGAGGCGGUGAUCCGGGCCGGGCCGAGGGCUGGGGGGAGCGUCGUUCUGGGCCAGGUGGACAACAGGCUCUCGCCGUAUAUCAUUGAUCUCCAGUCCAUGCACCAGUUCCGCCAGGACACGGGCACCAUUCGCCCAGUGCGGCGUAGCUAUUAUGACCCCUCCUCGGCACCAGGCAAGGGUGUGGUAUGGGAGUGGGAGAAUGACAACGGCACCUGGACCCCCUACGACAUGGAGGUGGGCAUUACCAUCCAGCAUGCCUACGAGAAGCAGCAUACCUGGAUCGAUCUCACUUCCAUUGGCUUCUGCUACAUAAUUGACUUCAGCACGAUGGGGCAGAUCAAUCGCCAGACCCAGCGCAAGCGCCGUGUCCGCCGCCGUCUUGACAUGGUCUACCCACUGGUCACAGGCACCUUGCCCAAAUCUCAGUCAUGGCCAGCAAGCCCUGGUGCAGCCAAUGUGUCUCCUGCUCCUGCUUGCACUUGUCCACAAUGUCUUCUUGUCAUGAGUAUCAAGGCAACAGUGGCAGCUGGGAGCAAUGGAGGAACUGGAGCUACAGCUAGCCAGCAGCCUCAACCACCACGUAAAGCUGUCUCCCUUUCUGGGAGCACCAGAAUCCCCAUGCCAGCAUCAGUUCACAAGCCGCAAGAUGGAACAGCUACCAUGCGCAGCUCUUUGAAGAACCUCGCUUCUCAAGUGAGCCGAAGGCAGGCAGUUAGCACACCUGCCCUCACCACAAGCAACUCCCCUGCCAGUCCUCCUAAUGCCAAUGGCAAAGUGACACGGGCCAGCCUUAAUACACUGAACCGAACCAAUCUGCAGCGCCUGGCCAUCGCACAGUCUCGUGUGCUAAUUGCCUCAGGAGUCCCUACAGUUCCUGUAAAAAACCUCAAUGGCUCAAGCCCAGUCAACCCUGCACUAGCAGGAAUCACAGGAAUCCUCAUGAGUGCUGCAGGGCUACCUGUCUGCCUGACUCGGCCUCCAAAGCUGGUUCUGCACCCCCCUCCGGUCAGCAAGAGUGACAUUAAAUCCAUCCCUGGCAUCUCCAAUACUUGCCGUAAGACAACCAAGAAGCAGACCAAGAAAGGUAAAACUACAGAGGAAGUCUUGAAAAAAUAUCUACAGAAGGUGCGCCAUCCUCCAGAUGAGGACUGUACUAUCUGCAUGGAACGCCUCUCUGCCCCCUCAGGCUACAAAGGGCCUCAGCCAGUCGUCAAGCCAGAAUUGGUGGGCAAACUGUCCACGUGUGGCCACAUGUAUCACCUCCACUGCCUUGUGGCCAUGUAUAACAAUGGAAAUAAGGAUGGUAGCUUGCAGUGUCCAACCUGCAAAACCAUCUAUGGGGUGAAGACUGGCACCCAGCCUCCUGGAAAAAUGGAAUACCACCUCAUCCCCCAUUCACUGCCAGGACACCUUGACUGUAAAACCAUCCGAAUUAUCUACAACAUUCCACCAGGGGUACAGGGACCAGAGCAUCCGAAUCCUGGGAAGAGUUUCACUGCCCGGGGUUUCCCUCGACACUGCUACCUCCCAGACAGUGAAAGAGGCAGAAGGGUGCUGAAACUGCUGUUGGUGGCCUGGGAUCGAAGGCUGAUCUUUGCCAUUGGCACUUCAAGCACCACUGGAGAAUCUGAUACAGUGAUCUGGAAUGAGAUUCACCACAAGACGGAGUUCGGGUCUAAUCUCACAGGCCACGGCUACCCUGAUCCCAACUACCUAGAUAAUGUACUUGCUGAGCUGGCAGCUCAGGGCAUUACAGAGGAGAGUAUGAUGCAGGAGAAGGACUGAAACCGUGGGAGGAAAGGGGAAGGACUUUGUCCUAGGGGCGGAGCGACAAGUAUAGCAGCGUUUGCAUGGAUCACACUCCUCUCUCUUCCAUUGUGCCUGCUCUGUCCUCUCAUCCUCCUACCACAGGCCUCUUAAAAGGCUCAGCUGUGGCUAUGCAGCAGUGGGCUUGCUUAAAUGAGGAACUCCCAGCCUGUUCUCAUAUGAGGCCCACAGCACCUGACUAAUAAAAAGCAAACAAACCUGGGAAGGUUUUUCUUGUUCCUCUUGAGCAUGAGGAGGAGUGUCCUGAUGAGGCCUGAGGUUAUAUUAACCUUAGUGCCCACAGCUGCUUUAGGUUUGUAUCUCAAAAACGGGGUUUUGUCCCCCUCUGGGAUGCAGGAGCAUCUUGUGUCCAUGAACAGCAAGGGAUGGCUGUGGAGGGCAGGCAGCUGGGAAUGGCAGAAUCACUUGCAAGUCUAGAAGAUGGCUUUGUUUCAGAGGUGCAGAGGAUUGAAACCAGCCCUUGUCCGCUCUCAGUUGUUUCCUUAUUUCUUACUUGCCCAGCUAGGUGCCUGGUUCCAUGUUGUCAUGUCCCUGCUGCUUUCAUGUCAUGGGCUCAAUGGGAGUUAGAUACACGCUGUUUGCUGGUCUGGUACUUCACUCCCUGCCAGCUUCCUUUGUUGAGAGGCUGCAUCUGUAGUUCCCAUCCAAGAUAGCUGAGCAGGAGGCCUGCUUAUUGCUCCGUAGUGAAGUAGACUGGAAAUUCAUUCUCUUGAAUGCAUUCCAAAAUGGGUCAAUGCAUGCCAAAUCUCUGUGGCCUGCUUCAGAGUGGAUGAGAGCAGAAUGAAUUAAUUGAAGCUAGUAUUUGGACUGAACAUGAAAUAGGGGCCGUAAAUCUCUUGGGUAGUGCCUGUCUCCAAAGCCAAGCCCUGUUUUUGCUUUUGUAUCUGGGUAUGCUGGAUCAAGCUGGGCUUCUCUUGCAAUACUGACUAGCCCUCUGGGUCAGACUGCAUCAACUGACCUCCCAGAUCAAUGCUGAGCUGUGUGUCCCAGUUUUGUUCGUGAAUUGCAUCAUUGAGGAGGGUGUUCUACAUCUAAUCUGUUUCUGUUGGGAGUUAGAAUCAACAGAGUUCAGGGGGUGGUGAAGGAAAGACGCUUCCUGUCUCUGUCCCCACAGAUCACAGUGGGUUCUUUGAACUAUCUGUAUGGGGGAGUCCCCUGGAUACUGAUUUGAAUUUAUUUACCUCAUGUUUGGAGGAUUUGUCACAUAUAUUGUGUGUGGGUGUAUGUAUGUAUUUGUAACGAAUGAGAAAGAGACUUUGAGGGUAGAAUGUGUAACACAACGGUACUUAAAAGUUAGACCUGAAGAUAAGAACUGCCACUGCUCUUGAUUGCCAUGGUAUUAAGGUAAGACCGCCGACCGUUUUGGAAGGGCUAUGCCGGGGUUAAAAUCAUCUGGAAUCUGGCGAUUGGGGCAUGCAGGAUAUGAAUACUGUUACCAGUAGAUGUAUAUGUACACCUACAUAUUUGAUCCGUAUAUCCCUCACUCCUCACCUCUUUCAUUUUAAUUAAUCCUGAGGCACUAUAAAGCUCUCAACCUUCUUUGAAAUCUCAGUGAAAUAGGCUCAGGUGAGAGCGUAAAAGAAAUGAACAUCUUUUUGGAGUUGACCAUAUGCUUAUCCAAGUGGGUAAUGGUGGAAGUGUGUAAGAGGAAGAGCAUAAAGGUCAUGCAAGGAUAAGAGUGCAAUGUGUAAGUAUUUAGGCACUCCUGAAGUUCUCAUUUUCACUGGUAUUUUUUCACAAGAAGAACGAAACAUGCUCAUAUGCUUGCUUUCGUUGGAAAAGUGGAAGUAUGUUUCAGUCUUCUCUUUUUUGGGCACCAUGAUACAGAAGUUAAAACAAUAUCCUGCUUGCUCUUUUCCCAACUCUUAUGUCUCUCCUAACAUUAAGUUCUUAAAUCUUCACAAUAGUAAUAGUAAGAAGGGCUAGCAGAUACCAAUAGUUGAAGUGUCCUGGCUUCUGUCAUACACAGAAAUACCUUUUGUGGUAAAUAAAUGAAUAUAGGUAGUUGACUGAUGACCAAAAUUGGGACCAGAAUUUUCAUCAUAAGUUGUUGCAAUCAUAAGUUGAGUCACCACAUGACCAGACCUGAUUUUAUGACCGUUUUUAAGGCAGUCCUUAAGUGAAUCAUGGGUCGUUAAGCAAAUCUCCACAGUCAUAAGUGGAGCAUUUUUUGCUGGAAAAUGGCAAAGUUGCAAAAUGCAAUCACGUGACUGGAGGACAUUGCAACUGGUUGUAAAUGUAAGCCAGUUGCCAAGUGCCCGAAAUGCGAUUAUAUCACCGCAGGGUGGUGGUGUGAUGUUUUGCGAUGCUCGGAAGUGUUUUACAGGUUGUAAAGCACCCAUUCCAAGGCCAUUGUAACUUCAGAUAAUCAUAAAAUGAACAGUCAUAAAUUGAGGACUACCUGUAGUGCAUUUCCCAGUUGGAUUUGCAGUGACAUCUUGUCUUAGUGGACAAGAACAACAAAUUUCCUUUUCAAGGUUUUUUCAUACCUCCCCCUUGCACCAAGUUUCCUCUCUAACCAUGGCAUUCCCUCAUAUGCAACUUAAUCUCCAAGAUGAGGGAGAGGGUUGGGAAGAUCAUUUUCCUGUCAUCAGCAUUUCCCAAUGGAAGGGAGUCAAUUUGCUUUUUUCCUUUGUAUGGUUUUGGCUGACUGGUUUCUUCUUUUAAUUCUCCAAUUGUUUUGUUUUGUUUUAAUUGCAUCAUAGUGAAUAAGCAACCUGAUACAAGACUCUUAUCAGGAAUGAUAGUUUUUGGUUUCUACUUUUUGGGUCAGAUUGCGUGGGUGCUGAUAGUGGUAUAGGGAGCGGGAGGGCAGGGUGUGGGAGCCACAUUGUAUAUUGUUUGCUGUUUGUGAACGGUGCGUUUUGCACCCGUCUCUUAGUUUGUUGCCUUGCUUGAGGAUGGCACCCUUGGGGUGUAACAAUAAAAAGAAAAUUCCACUGCCAGUUUGAAUAAUGUUUUGUGUUUGUCUUUUCUCAGUCCGUGCCUCUGUCUUUUGUUUAUUUCUUUCUGUUUCCAAAGUGAAUGUGUACAGUUUACCUUCCUGGGAGAACCGGGGGUGGAGAGGGGGCGUUUUUUCAAUGACAAUAGAAGUAAAUGUUGGAAUGUCAGAUCAGCAGGAACCAACAGCAGUUAUUCACUACAGUUAGCAAUGGAGUCGUCCUAAGUGCUUUGUAGGAGAAGAUAAUCCUUAAUCGUUUUGAGAAGAAUCAAAAUUUCACAUUACAGUGUCAAAAAAUGAUGUGAAGGGGAAAAAAACAAAGAAUUGAGUUAUAAACGAACUUGGAAAUAAACAAACAAACAAAUUUAUAGAGAAGUUCAUUGUCAAGGACGGUCUAAGGCUUUCCUGAGAGUUUCUGUGAUGUUAGACUGCACAACUAGCAGAAGUUAAGCGGAUGUACCUCUUCCCCCACCCAAGCUGAAGUUGCAAUGCUGGAGAAAUCUGGAUUUGCAGAAUGUUUGCCUCUUGGGCAGUGAUUACAGAAUCAAAGAUUGGCCAGAACUGGGUCAAAUACAAACAAAAUCCAACCCAGGUACUUGAUGAAAAAGAGACUGGGUUGAAUUUUGUUGGUUUCUUUUUGCUUUUUUCCUUCCUGUUAAUUUAUUUUGUACAACUUGGAAUUAUAUUCUGUUCUAUUUGUUUCCUUGACAAGCACAAAAUAUGCCAGGCAGCCACACAGUUGCUGUUUUUCUACAUUAGCUUUAAUUAUUGCUGUUAGUUGGGAGCUCUUCUCUGGUUGCCAAGAAAAAUACUGGAAAUUAAUGCUGAGUAUUUAUGAAAAUUCAGGAAAAGAGGAUGGGGCUGCUUUGGGCUUUUGAAGUCAAGAGUUCAACUCCACAGCUGUUUGUUCCUCUCUGAUACUACUCCAUGACCCAUCUAGAGACUAAAUUCCCAGUCUUUUUAUUCUGUCGUCUCAAUUACCAAAUUAUUCCACGCAUAUAAUGUGAUAACAUGAAUCCUAGAAUGGGAGGAUAAAUAGGCUAAAUAUUAUUCAGGUUGUGGCGUUUAUUUUCUGAAUCCAAAGACAUUCUUAUGCAGAAGCACUGGCUAUCAUUUUAGCUGUCAAAAUGUUUUCUCACUGAAUUUCUACCUGUGCAUGUUUCAGUUCUUUUUAUAUAACUGAGUGCUACGUUUCUGCAUCUUCUGUGUCCUUUAAAAUGGAUUCCUUUCUGUUCAGAACAAUAAGCAAUAAACAGGACAACGAAAUACAGUAGAAAAAACUUUCAAAAGGUUGAUGUGGCUCUUUGACUACUUCCUAAAUUUCCUUUAUGCAAAAUGCUGUUUACUCAAGUGUAUUCCUGUUAAAUUUGCUUGGUAUGUUUUUAAAAAGAGCACAGUAUAUAUAUUUUUGCAAUUUGGGCUAUAUUUUAAUGCAUUCUUAUUCAUGCAAUUUCCUUCGCUGGAUCAAAUAAACCAAAUACAUGUGA